AUGAUGAAAUUUCAGUUGACACAAAAAUUUUGGUUCCUUGUAUUCAUUAUAUUGAAUUGUUUUGUUGCCGUAACAAGUUUUAUAUUAUUUGUAUUAAGUAUAAAAGCCGAGGAUAAUCUACUUAAAUAUAAAUUAAUAUUACAAUAUACAAUACCGGCUAUUUAUCCAACAGGAAUAUUUACAGGAAGUCUUGGUUUAAUAACAGCAUGUUUAGGAUUUAUUGGAUUAUGGAAACAAAUGAAUAUUUUAUAUCUUUUACAUGUAAUUUGUUUGUCCAUAGCAACAAUCAUCAAUCUAUGUAUAGCUAUUGUAACAUUGAUAACUGAUCAUCAAUUUUUUAUACGUGCUAAACAAGCAUUAGAUACUACUAUUAAAUAUUAUUAUAAGAAUGAUGAAUAUGCAGAUGAAUUUGAUGAAUUACAUAGAAAAUUUUUCUGCUGUGGAGUUAAUUCGUAUGCUGAUUUUAAAAAAGCUAAAGUAUUAAUACCAUUCUCGUGUAGAGUUGGUCAGUAUGUUUAUGCAAGAGGUUGUUUUGAUGAAUUAAGUGAAUACGUACAAUAUUACAUAACAUUAUUAUCAUCAAUUUGUUUUACUACAUCAUUUAUCUAUGCUGUAUUCAUAGGUGUAGCAAUUAGAAAUCUUCGUAAAUCAAUUAAAGGAAUAAAUUCAUCUUCAUAA